AGAGCGAAUUGAAAGCCUUCGACGCCUCGAGGACCGGCGUGAAAGGCCUCGUCGACGCCGGAGUCUCCAAGCUCCCUCGCAUCUUCGUCGGUGAUCGCCGGCCCCGAUAGCCCGACCGCUCUGAUCCCGCCGAGACGAGCUCCGGCAUCCCGAUCGUGGACUUGGAAGGAGCUCAUGAAGAUCCCAGCAAGCGCGGGGAGAUGAUCCGCAGAGUCGGCCGGGCGUGCGAGGACUGGGGGAUUCCUCCAGGUGGUGAAUCACGGGAUCGGAGAUGGCGUCCUGAGCGGAAUCCUCGACAGCGUGAGAAGGUUUCACCAGCAGGAGAGCGAGGCGAAGAUGGAGUUGUACUCUAGAGAUCUGUCGAAGAAGGUGCUUUUUAACACCAACUUCGAUUUCUACAGCGCACCGGUCGCGAAUUGGAGGGAUUCGCUGUACUGUGCCCUGGCUCCUCACCCGCCGAGUCCGGAAGAGCUUCCUCAAGUUUGCAGAGAUGUAAUAAUGGAAUAUUCAAAUCAACUGAGGAGACUGGGGCUUACCAUCUUCGAACUGCUAUCAGAAGCUCUGGGACUGAAUCCCAAGCAUCUUGAAGACAUGGGCUGUGCUGAUGGACUGUACUUCGUUGGACACUAUUAUCCAAUAUGUCCUGAGCCAGACUUGACUCAAGGUCUAAGCAAGCACACGGAUAGCGCCUUCCUCGGGGUGGUAUUGCAAGACCAAACUGGUGGCCUACAAGUCCUCCAUGAAAAUCACUGGGUAGAUGUUAGCCCCAUUCAUGGUGCUCUCGUGGUGAACCUGGGUGACAUGUCCCAGCUAAUCACCACUGGUAAGUUCAAAAGCGUCUAUCAUAGAGUAUUGGCAAAGAGCGUAGGACCGAGAAUCUCGGUGGCCUGUUUCUUCAGAACACAUCUUGAACAAGAGGAUUCUCCCAGAAAAUAUGGGCCAAUUAAGGAGUUGUUACCAGAACAAAACCCCCCGGUCUAUCGAGAAACGUCUGUGGAAGACAUUCUCAAAUGUUUACUCUCCAAAGGUCUUGAUGGGGUUCCUGUAUUAGAUCAUUUAAAGUUGUGAAGAGUAGUCUAUUUCAUACAAUACAAAAUUCUUCAUGAAUGUAUGAUAUAAUAUCCAUUUUCUGCACUA